AUGAGCUGGAUUCCGUUCAAGAUCGGACAGCCAAAGAAGCAGGUCGUCUCUAAAACGGAUGAGAGAGACUUUGAACGAGAAUAUGAAAAACUACAAAAGUUGGAAGAUCAAACAAAAAAACUUCACAAAGAUAUGAAGAAAAGCACAGAGGCUGAUUUGGCCAUGUCCAAAGCAGCUGUGAAGAUCUCUGCGGACUUGCUCAGUAACCCUUUGUGUGAACAGGACCAGGCUUUUCUAGAGUCCAUGACUGCACUGGACACAGCUAUGAAGAGAAUGGACUCCUUCAACCUGGAAAAGGUCAACCAGAUACAGAAGACUGUUAUUGACCCUUUAAAGAAGUAUAGCGGCAUUUUUCCAAGUCUGAACAUGGCCGUGAAGAGGAGAGAGCAGGCUCUCCAAGACUACAAACGUCUGCAGGCCAAAGUGGAGAAGUACGAGGACAAGGAAAAGACUGGGCCCGUCAUGGUCAAGCUGCACCAGGCCAGAGAGGAACUCAGACCAGUUCGAGAAGAUUUUGAAGCCAAAAAUAAGCAGCUGUUGGACGAGAUGCCCAAGUUUUACCACAGUCGUAUUGACUACUUUCAGCCCAGUUUUGAGGCGCUUAUCCGAGCUCAGGUGGUCUAUUUCACUGAAAUGUACAACAUCUUCAGUGACUUGACUGAGCAGAUCGAUCAGGCGGGUUUGACGGAUGAGCAGAGAGAGAAGGAGACGGAGGCCAAGCUCAACGAGUUGCGAGCAUUAUCCAUCGUAGCCGACGACUGA